AUGCUCUGGCUACGUGCAGGUCAUGACAUCAGCAGCUCUCUGGAGCCGAACAACAUCGACACGAGCAUCCUGGAGGAGUACAUCAGCAAAGAGGACGACUGCUCAGACAUCUGCUUCACAGAGGUGCACAGUGGUCCGGGAGCACAGUACCCCUCCCCUCAGGCGUGUGCGGUGAGCCCUCCUGUCCCGCUGAGACACUCUCUGUCUGGAGCCAACCCCUGCCCCAGCUACCUCCCUCCUCCCCCCCCACACCGGCAGACCUACCCCUGCCCCGGCCUGGGACCACAGCCAGCCCCCGUCAAGGCAGAGCACAGGGGCCCCUACGUACCAGGGACUCUCCCAGAGUCUCCUCCAGACUCCAGCUCAGAGCCGUACUCUCCUCAGCAGGUGAAUGAUCCCCACAUGAUCCGGACCAUGACUCCAGAGAACAUGUGUCACAUGACCCCGCCCCUCCCUCCGGGACACUACCCCAACAUGCAGAGGGACCUGUUCCUGAAGCCGGAGCCCAUGGUCACACAGUACUCUCUGGGGCCCACCACCAGCACCGGGGACCUGAGCCAGGGCCACAUGCUGCACCACCUCAUGCAGCACCCACAGGGACAGGAUGGAAUCCCUGCUCAUGCGGCCAAGAAGAGGAAGCACACGGACUCUCCCACCAGCUCUCUGAACGCUAACCUCCUCUCAGGUAUCAUCAAACAGGAACCAGGUCUGAUGCAGGACUCGGACAGUUCCUACAUGGAUCCAAACUAUCAGUGCAUCAAGUGGCAGCCGCACCAGCAGAGCAAGUGGAGCCCUCUGUACGACGCAGACUGCAAAGAACUGCCAAUGCCCACGUACAGAGUGGACGCAGACAAAGGCUUUAACUUCUCGCUGGCUGACGAUGCGUUCGUGUGUCAGAAGAAGAACCACUUCCAGGUGACGGUGUACAUCGGGAUGCUAGGAGACCCCAAGUACAUCAAGACUCAGGAGGGACUGCAGCCCAUCGACUGCUUCUACCUCAAACUGAACGGUGUCAAGGUUGAGGCCAUGAACCAGUCCAUCAGUGUGGAGCAGUCCCAGUCGGACCGCAGCAAGAGGCCCUUCAAACCAGUGCUGGUCACGCUGCCGCCGGAGCAGGUUACCAAGGUUACGGUGGGACGACUGCACUUCAGCGAAACCACCGCCAACAACAUGAGGAAGAAGGGGAAGCCCAACCCCGACCAGAGGUACUUCAUGCUGGUGGUGGCGCUGCACGCUCAGGCGCUCUCUCAGAGCUACACGGUGGCGGCUCAAGUGUCGGAGAGGAUCAUCGUCAGGGCCUCUAACCCCGGUCAGUUUGAGAGUGACUCUGAGGUGCUGUGGCAGCGAGGGCAGCUGCAGGACUCUGUUUUCCAUCACGGCAGAGUUGGCAUCAACACGGAUCGUCCCGACGAGGCGCUGGUCGUCCACGGCAACAUGAAGGUCAUGGGCUCCGUGGUCCACCCCUCUGACCUGCGCACCAAGGAGAACGUGCAGGAGGUGGACACCACAGAUAACCUGAAGCGGAUCUCUCAGAUGAGGCUGGUGCAUUAUCAGUUCAAGCCUGAGUUUGCUGCCACUGUGGGGAUCGACAGCACCGCAGAGACGGGCGUGAUCGCUCAGGAGGUGCAGAAGAUUCUCCCUGAAGCCGUGAAAGAAGGAGGAGACGUGGUCUGCGCUAACGGGGAGACCAUUCCCAAUCUGCUGAUGGUCAACAAGGAGCGGAUCUUCAUGGAGAACGUGGGCGCGGUGAAGGAGCUGUGUAAACUCACUGAUAAUCUGGAAACACGGAUCGACGAAUUAGAACGAUGGAGCCGCAAACUCGCCAAACUGAGACGUCUGGACAGUAUGAAGAGCACCGUGAGCGUGGGCACGGCCAGUCAGGCAGGGAGUUACUUCAGCAGAUCAGGGAGUGGUCCUCUCCGGAAGAAAAGCCCCAAACCUGGAACCAAGAGCGUGGCUGCAGACCAGGGCUGCAUCAGUCAGAGGUUCAUACAGGGGACCAUCCUGGCGCUGGUGGUGGUCAUGACGUUCAGUGUCAUAUCCAUGUCCGUGCUGUACGUACUGACUCUCCACCACAGAGGAGACAUGGGCGAGCGAGACGGCCUUGUGCCCUGUGCUGUCUUCAUCUCUCGGACGCCAUUCUUCACUGUGUCUGUGCAUCUCUGUCCUCCUCUCUGUCCAUGGUCCAAGUCUCCACACUCUGCUCUGGGAAUCUUCCAUAAAAGUGCCUUUGCUCCUGUGUCCACAGCCGCUGCACUAGCGGUUACCAACGAAACAUCUACAGUUAUAUUAUCAAGUAACCACUCCACCACAGACCCGCUGCCCACACAGAGCUCUGUGGUGAAAAAGGCAAAGUCUCGUCCUCUGGACAAAGACGGCCACAGGAACCGCCUCAGUCACACCUCUCCUCCGUUCUACUUCCCCAAGUCCAAGAAGAGCCCAGAGCCGCAGGGGGCCGGGACCAACCACCUGCCGCAGGGCCAGCAGCCGAGCACCAGGAGGCAGCGCAGUGUGGCUCCGCCUGCAGGAGGGGGGCGGCCGGCACUGGUCUCUGUCCACAUCCUGGAGACAAACCAAACAGUCACGGUGCACAAGUGUGUGACAGCCGACAACUGCAUCUUCACUGUUUCACUGACUGGAAGCAAAGACUCGUCUAUUUCUAAAGUUACAUUAAAUUUGAGGUUUGGGGGCAGUGUGUGGCUGCGUCAGUGUGGACAGGACACGCGUCACACUGCAGAGACACAGGGAACUCUCCACCUGGUGUCAGUGCCGCUGCGAUACUGGGGAGCCACCCUUCACCUCAGAGCCUCCGAGUCUGGGGCAGUGCGGUGCUCGUCAGACGAACAGAGCUCCUCCACAGACUUCUUCUUCCGCCUCCGCAGCAGCUGUGUCUGA